AUGCUGCUGAACAACGUGCUGUUCUACAUGAUGGUGACCGAGGCCGGCAUCUGCCUCGUCCUGAGUCUCCCGUUCGGCCAGUGGCUGUCCCACGCUGCCGUGUCGUUCCUCGUGCGCCACUUGGGCCAUAAAGAGGCGGUCAAUACCAUCGCCACGGUCGUGCUCGCUUUGGUCACGGUGCUCUUUAUCUCGGACGUGUCGACUGUGUACAAGCACCACGCGUCGGACGAAGUUCUGGGCGAUGGCAUGCGCAUCCGCUUGCUCACGGCGCAGCGGGAUAUGUACAUUACCGGCUUUUGCCUCUUCCUCUUCCUGCUGCUGCGUCUCGUGUACAUUGCACUGGCGACGAACCUCCACUUGGAAAAGUGUCUGGAAGCUAUGAAGAAGCAGGCGGAAGGGGCGGUAGAUGGCUACAAGUGUCUUUUGGAAGAGAACGAGAGCUUGAAGAAGCAGGCGAACAAGUUGCACGAGUUGCUGAAAGGCGACGACGGAGACGACGACAAGUCGACAAAGGUGGAUCUACUCGCGAGAUUGGUUCAGGAGAAUGCCGACCUGGAAGAGCGGGUGGAAACUGCUGUUGAAAAGUGCAAAAAGGCAGAAGACGAGGUCGGCGUCGUCAAGAAGCAGGCAGAAGGACAAAGUGCUGCGUUUAUGCAGCUCAUGGAGGAAAAGGACAAGCUCAACAAGCAGCUGGAGACUGCCACGUCUCAGCAAGAGGAACUGAAGCGCCAACGCGAACAGAUCGCGACACUGACGGGAGAACGGGAUGCGUUAACGAACCAGAUUCAAGAUUACGACUUUAUGUUUGCGGAAGCCAAGAAGAAGGCGGAGUAA